AUGGGAAGUUUAAACAUUGCUGAGUGGUCUCCGGACCAGGUGGCUGAGUGGUUGUCGGGAUUGGGCCCGACGGUGGCUGGCUAUGUGCCGGCGCUGCGGCAACGCGGCCUGAACGGUUCGAAAUUACUUACGCUCCGCUGUGAUGAUCUCGAGUACCUCGGAAUCCAUAUCAUUGGUCAUCAGGAACUGCUACUGGAAGCAGUCGAACAUUUGCGAAACUUUCAAUACGAGUUGUCGCGCGAGUGCGUGCAGCAGCUGGCGCUGCGCGUGUCGGGUGCGGCUACGUCGCUGGCACGGGCGCUACGCAACCACGCCGACGCGCGCCUCGAGACGCACUCGCUGGCAGACGUGGCCGCCACCGUGCGCGCCGUCAAGCCGCUCGUCUGCUGGCUCGACAGGCGAGUGCUUUGCUGCUUACUGCCGUGUAUCGUGUGCCGUGUGUGCACAUCUAACGAUGUGUCGGACCCCACGAUCCUGCAGCCCGCGUCCCUGGAUACGGUGACAUUGCGCCAGGGCUCGCGGCCGCUGGGCUUCGAGGUGCUGCCGUCGUUCUGCGGACACCACCAGCUCGCACACAUCCGCUUCGGCUCGCCUGCGCAUGCUUCAGGAGCGGUUCACGAUGCGGACGAGAUUGUUCAGGUGGGCGGGCAGUGCGUGAUCGGGUGGGGAGGCGAGGCUGUGGAGCGGCUGUGCGCGCGCGUAGCGGCCGCGGCGCCCAGCGGCGAGCUAACGCUGCGCCUGCGCCGGCGCGGCGCUGCGCUGCGGCCCGCGCGCACCCCGCCCUUGCACGCGCCUGCGCGUGCUCGUGCUGCGGCUCGCCGCGCGCCGCCACUGGCCGCUGACCUGCGCCUGCACAGAUACGAGGUGAACGUGCCGCGCAUGGUGAUAGACGAUAGGAGCGAGAAGGAGAAGGAGCUGCAGGUGGAAGCGGAGGCGGGCGCGGCGGCGGCAGUCAGUGCACAAGCGGAAGCGGAGGCGGAAGCGGAAGCGAGCGCGUCCUCUUCAGACGACAGCGAGCCACUGUCGCCGCCCGCCUCGCCCACGCACCUGCACCUCGACAGCGUCAGAUUGUUUCCUGUGCGUGCGGGCCGCGGUGGCGGCAUCGGGAGUGGGGUGCGCGGAGCGCGGCGGCACAGCGUGUGCGGCGGCAGCCCGCGCGCCCAGCGGCACCACCUGCCGCUUGACCAGUUCUGGCAGCAGCUGCAGCAUCAGCGCUGGACCCGCGGCGCUCACGAGGAUUGCGAUGCCGCGCUUUACCGCCGCGACAAGGCGGUGUCUUGCAGCACGGGGCUGGAGCUGUCGCCGCGGCCGCGCACGUGCCUAGGCGUGGCGCCGGUCGCGCCCCCUGUAUCGCCCCCCGCGCCACUCGCCGCAACCCCUGCCGCUAUGACGGUGACUCCCGCACCUCCAGGCCGCGGUCGGCUCGACAAGAGCCACUCGACACCCGCGUACGACUUCUUGCCGGGUGCGGAGGAGCGGGGGCUGGCCUCGCAAGCCAUCCCCGAGUCCCCCGGCUCGCCGACGGACUCACCUCGCGUCCCUCCAGCACUACCCGCGCUCCCCGCAGCCCUCGCCGACGUCGGGAAGGCCGGACAAAUCCUCGACUUCAAGAAAUCUAGCUGCCAAAUCGGCGAGGCCAUCCUCCAGCAGCGCACCAGAAGGCUGACGGCUGACGACAAGGAGGACAAGCUGGAGGAGGACCUCGACGACGACCCGAAACUCGAUCUAGUUGACACUGUUAAUUCGGUGGUUGUAGCCGGGAGGAAUGAGGAGCUGGUGAAACAAAUGGGUGCUAACGAAAGUCUGAAACUACUGAUAAAUGUUAAAAUGGAUGAAUCUAUAGUAGACGACAGUAGUCCGGUGAACAAUCGAGGGAUGAUUACUUCGAGAGAGCGUGAGACGCCCCCCGAGCCACCGCCGCGGCCGCGCGCUCUAGCGGCGCCUCCCGCGCCCCCCGCCGCCACGCCCUCCGCACCCCCAGUGCCCCCCGCACGACCCCCCAGGGACUCGCACUUCGUGUCCCCGCCGCGGGACCUGCCGCUCGUACACUACGCUUCUGAAGACAAUCUUAUUUUGACCACAUUAGCGACUAUUGUCUGCAACAGCGACUUACUUUUCUGUGCAGGUGGGAUCUCACCCUCCGCGCCUACUCCGACCUCCAUACCGCGUAUCUCCCGGGACCCGCAGAGCGCGCGGCACAUCGCUAAGCACGACAUCCGGCUGGUGUCGAGCGAGCGGCGCGCGCUGCCGCCCAUCAAUGGCGACGAGAACGCGCUUGUUCCGUUGCACGCCACGCCGAACGCUCCGCCGCACGCUUCACCGCACGCCGCCCUGCCGCACUGCGCACACGACCCCGCCAAGGGACUCUUCCCUUCCUCCAAGACGCGCAGCCUCAAGAAGAAGAACUCCAUACUGGCCAAGCGGCGUGAGGUGCCGGCACGCACAGCGGCGGCGCGCGGUGCAGCGGGCGGCGACGUGUGGCAGCGCGUGCGUGGCAGCGCCGCGCAGCAGCCGCGCUGGGCGCGCCGCCACCUACUGCUGGCGCACAGCCUGCUCUACGCCUACCGCUCGCCCGACUGUGCGCGUGCGGACUGCAUGGUGUACCUGGAGGGCUUCACGGUGAGCGCGGCGGGAGAGGUGAAGUCGCGCGCGCACGCAUUUAAGGUGUACCACACGGGCACCGCCUUCUACUUCGCGGCGGACAGCCGCGACGCCAUGCUGGCCUGGAUUCAGCUCAUCCACCGCGCCACACUGUUGCCUUCGCUGCUGCCCGCCAGCAUGGAGCUUUUUAAGCAGUUUUCCGAAACGGAUUACUCUGAAACUGAAUCUGACUGCGAGAGUCCCGAGAAACCAAGCGAACCCAGGGAACGAGACAAAGAGAAAGAAAAAGAAAAAGACAAGGACAAGUCCAAGUUCGGCUCCUUGAAGAAGUUGACGCACCGCAUGCAGAGAAGUGAAUCUCAGGAGAACGUAAGCCACUCGUCCACCAGCUUAGAUAGGAAAUAUCUUCGCUUCUUCUCCAGGAACAAGACGAAGGAUGAACCCAAGCCGAACAAGGCCAGUCCUAGCCGAGCCCCAGCCGAGCACCCGCGCAGUACAGCAGCCGUCAAAAAGAUUCCCAAACCUAUCAACUACAUCCACGCCUCCAACCCUAACCUACUCGACUUUGAGAAGAGCGACUUUGUCACCAAACCCGCGAUACAGGUGCCAAAGCGUCAGGUGCAGAAGCCUGACAGUCUGGUGGGGCUGGUGACGCUGGAGCAGUUCAUGCUGCAGCGCCAGGCGGAGGAGCGGCACCAGCGCUACAGCGGCCGCGUGCACCUGGGUCUGGAGCGGGACCGCGUGCGCAGCGACCAGCAGGCCAGGCAGGAGCAGCAGGAGCAGCAGGAGCUGCAGCAGUUGCAGGCGCAGCUGCAGCGCGUCGUGCCCGACGUCGUCUACGGCGAGCUGCGCGAACCGGCGCGACACGCACACGGAUACGAGAAGAUAGUGUACCCGGAGAGCCGCGGCGACACCUGGCGCGACUCGCUGCGCAGAAACGACAAGGUGCACUCGGGAGCAAAGCACGCGCCAGACAGCAGCUGGGGAGCGGGUGGUGGUAGCAGUGCAGUAGGGGUUGCGUCUGCUGGAAAGCCUGAUAAUGGGGCGAGCGGUGGAGCCGCGAGUGGAGCUGACAGUGGGGCGGGGAGUGGAACAGUCAGUGCGGUGGGAGGUGGGGCGGGUAAUGGAGUGAGCAGCGGCGUGGUGAGCGGGCCGGGCGUUUCGCGCUUGCGGCUCAUGUUUGGAGGUGCUCGUCAGGAGAGCGGGCGAGGCGCGUACCCGCACCUGCAGUGCCCGCCCACCUUUCAACCCGAGACCUACUCGCUGGCGCACGCCGCCGCACGCCGGACGCCGCACGCACAGGUUCAAAGUCCCACUUCGCGAUUGAACGAGCAAAGAAAACGUGCACCACUUGAUUUAUAA